UUCUUGUAAUUCUUUUCCAAAUUCUGCGUUUCCCAGAAAAAGAAAACGCCUCAAGAAGAAUCGAAUCCCACAGCCCAAAUUUCAUUACUUCAUUCAUUUUCUCUCUCAUCCUAGAGAGAGAAAGAGAGAAAAAAAACGCCAAAAACUUGAACCCUUCUGUUUGUUACGAUAUAAAUCAUUCCUCUGCUUCCAUACACAGUGCUAAAAAGCUCCUUUUUCUGAAGAAAAGCCUCUUCGAAACUUGCAGAAACUACUGCUUCCCCUGUCAACUCUGUUUUUUUUUUUUACCCUUUUUAGAUUCUCUGUCUGUCGCCGUCGCCGGCCGCCGUCUUUGGGUUGAUCACUGCUGUAAUGGUGGCGCAUUAAUUUCUGAGACUCCACUAGCUAACCCUUUUCGAUUUGAGCUCGUUUAUGGCGAUUUGACCCCACGAAAGAAGAAUAAAGUUCUUAAAGGCUUUACUCUGUUUUGAGAUUUCUUGCUCUGUUUUGGACUGAACGGUAAACAGAUCUGUUUGUUUCUUUUUUGGGUGUUGAAGACAGUGACGUUUCGUGUAAGAUCUGUAAAGAUUUAGACGUUUAGAAAAAUGGUGGGACAAACACAAGCAGAGGAAGCAAUUGUUCCGACCGCCGCGAACGAGGUGGAGCAAAGCAGCGGAAAGGAGAAAGGGGGAGAACUUGAUGGCGGAGAACAACCACAAAACUCUGUUUUCCAAAUGAAAAACCUCCUCUGGCACGGCGGCUCCGUUUGGGACGCUUGGUUUAGCUGCGCUUCAAAUCAAGUCGCUCAAGUGCUUUUGACUCUGCCCUACUCAUUUUCACAGCUCGGAAUGCUCUCCGGCAUCAUUUUCCAGAUUUUUUAUGGGCUGAUCGGAAGUUGGACGGCGUAUUUGAUCAGUGUUCUGUAUGUUGAAUACCGUAGCAGAAAGGAGAAGGAAAACGUCAGCUUCAAAAACCAUGUCAUCCAGUGGUUCGAAGUUCUUGAUGGGCUGUUGGGACCUUACUGGAAGGCUGUGGGGCUCGCUUUCAACUGUACUUUCCUUCUAUUUGGAUCUGUCAUCCAGCUUAUUGGAUGCGCAAGUAAUAUUUAUUACAUUAAUGACCACUUGGACAAAAGAACAUGGACAUACAUUUUCGGAGCAUGUUGCGCCACCACUGUUUUCAUACCGUCUUUUCACAAUUACCGGAUUUGGUCGUUUCUCGGCCUCGGAAUGACCACUUACACCGCCUGGUACAUGGCUGUCGCCGCCCUCGUUCACGGCCAGGUUGAAGGCGUCACCCAUUCGGGGCCGACAAAACUGGUGCUUUACUUCACUGGCGCCACCAAUAUUCUGUACACCUUCGGCGGCCACGCUGUCACUGUGGAAAUAAUGCAUGCCAUGUGGAAACCCCAGAAGUUUAAGUACAUUUACCUUAUGGCCACGCUGUACGUUUUCACUUUAACGCUUCCGUCUGCUUCCGCCGUCUACUGGGCUUUUGGCGACGAGCUUCUUAACCAUUCCAACGCCUUCUCUCUACUCCCCAAGAACCGCUUCCGUGAUGCUGCCGUUAUCUUAAUGCUCAUUCACCAGUUCAUAACGUUUGGGUUUGCAUGUACGCCGUUGUACUUCGUAUGGGAGAAAGUGAUAGGAAUGCACGACACAAAAAGCCUGUGCCUAAGGGCGUUGGUGAGGCUGCCGGUGGUUAUCCCAAUAUGGUUCUUAGCUAUUAUUUUCCCUUUCUUCGGACCCAUCAACUCCGCCGUCGGCGCUCUUUUGGUUAGCUUCACCGUCUACAUCAUCCCCGCCGUCGCCCAUAUGCUUACUUACAGAAAAGCCUCCGCCAGACAGAAUGCGGCGGAGAAGCCGCCGUUCUUCCUCCCAAGCUGGACGGCGAUGUACGUAUUGAACAGCUUCAUAGUGGUGUGGAUCUUCGUAGUCGGGUUCGGGUUCGGCGGGUGGGCCAGCAUCACCAACUUCGUACGACAGAUCGACUCGUUCGGCCUGUUUGCCAAAUGCUAUCAGUGCAAGCCGCCCUCCCAGGCCCCUCCGCCGACACAUCGUCCCUGAAUCAACUCGACUUUUACUUUGUAACAUAACGUCAUAAUUUUCCUCUUUAAAAAAGGCUUGAAUUUUCAUGUGUGUGUCUCGGAUUUUUGUUCAAUUACAUUUAAUUUUAUCUAUUACUUCUUAGUGUAGUUCA